AUGGAAACUGAAAAAAUCCAAAUUUUCAUCUGGCAAUGCGCUCACAACCGCCUUCCAGUUCUUCAAUCUCUCAAAGCCAGACGUAUCGCGAGUUGUAGCAUAUGUCCUGUUUGUGGUAUUGAAGAAAAAUCUCUCAUCCAUCUUCUCUUUCGCUGCCACGUCUCGCUAGCGGCUUGGCGUAUCAGUCCUCUCCGUUUAGAUUUUUCUUCCAUUCCCUGCAUCUCGUGGCCUCAAAUUUGGAAAAUCCUUUCUUCUCUCUGGCGCCUUCAUCCAGAUGGUGACUCUUUUAAGAGUUUCUUCACCUUCCUUUGCUGGCAACUUUGGCUGAACAGGAACAAUUGGCACUUCAAUCGGAAGCGUGGCAACCCCAAAUCAGUUGUGGAUUGUGCCCUUUUCAGUUUUAAUGAAUUUUGGGAAGCAAAAUCACAAGACGGUUGUAUGACUUUCCCUCACUUCUCUUCUCCUCCUCAUCCUUCUCACUGGCUUCCGCCGACUCUUGGUCGCCUCAAGCUCAAUGUGGAUGCCGCUAUUCCGAAUCAUAUUAACGGCAUGGGAAGUGGUUUCAUUCUCCGCAAUCACCUUGGUAUUACUCUUCGUGUUGCAACCUUUUUUCUUGAAGGCUCUCACUCUCCUGAAGCUGCCGAAGCUAGAUCGAUCAGGCAUGGCAUUCAUCUUCUUGCACAUUGGGGUUUCUCUGACGUUGACAUCGAAACAGAUUGUGCAAAUCUUGUCAACAGCUCUCCUUCAAGUGAACUUGCUGCUGUAAUCUACGAGGAUAUUAGAUCCCUAAUUAGUGCCUCAUAA